GUGGCGACGUGGUGCCCAAGGACGUGAACGCUGCCGUGGCCACCAUCAAGACCAAGCGCACCAUCCAGUUCGUGGACUGGUGCCCCACCGGCUUCAAGUGUGGCAUCAACUACCAGCCACCGACCGUGGUGCCCGGCGGUGACCUGGCCAAGGUGAUGCGCGCCUGCUGCAUGAUCUCGAACAGCACCGCCAUUGCCGAAGUCUUCUCUCGCAUCGACCACAAGUUCGACUUGAUGUACUCCAAGCGUGCCUUCGUCCACCACUACGUCGGAGAAGGUAUGGAGGAGGGCGAGUUCUCCGAGGCCCGCGAGGAUUUGGCAGCCUUGGAGAAGGACUACGAGGAGGUAGGCAUCGAAACGGCCGAAGGGGAAGGAGAGGAGGAAGGCUACGGCGACGAGUUCUGA